AUGGAACCUUUUGGAUCGGAGGGUUCGAUAUUUGUUCUUACAAAUUCUUAACAGCAGGAAAUAUCUGCCACUUUUUAUCCAUUUCCAAUUCCCACCAUAACCAAAGAAGAAGAAAGAUGUUUUCUUGCCCCCCUCCUCCUCCCUCCCUCCAUCUGCAUCUCCACCGUCACCCUCAUUCCACCACUGUCUACUCCUCCACCCACUGCCAACCUACUCCCGCAAUCACCACACCUGGCCCUCUAUCCCGCACUCAUAACGCAAAAUCCACCUCCCUCCUCCGCUCCACCACCACCACCAACAAAACAAAAAGCCCACCCGAAGAAGGCGACAAUGACCGACAGCAGCACCAAAAUUCCGUCCACCCUAACGACAAUAAACCAACAACCCGACAACUUAUAAUUCCUCAUGAAAAACUAAACAUCCUAGAAAUCCUCGCCUCCAAACGCUCCCCGCUGUUCCCAGGCUCCAUUUACGCCAAUUCUCUCCUUCCUCUCCAAUCCGUAUUGGGAACCCGAAACGACACACAACACCUAGAAUACGAUAACGACGAGGACGAUGAGGAUGACGAGGUGAUGAUAAUGCGGGCGCUUGAGAUUAGAAGGAAGGUAACGGCAGAGGUUUUUAAGGGAGCAAUGAAGAAGGGAAAAUUUGGAAUUACGUAUUCAACAAAUUUGAUUAAUAGGUUGUCGGAAUUUAUUGAUCACGUGAUGAUUGAAGCAGCUGCGUUGAAAAGGUUGCCUGAGUUCAAGGAUUCUACGUUUAAUGUCCGUGCUAAGGCUGUUAUUGAUGACUCCAAUGUUGUUCCUCUUAUAAGGUGGUUGAAGCACAACAACCUCUCAUAUCCUAAAAUUGCGAAGCUGAUAUGCAUGUCUAAAGGAAAUCUUGAUUCUAUACGACGACUUGUUGAGUGGUUGAAGACAGUUCAUGUGAAGGCUGAAUUUCUGGGGGUUACGCUUUUGAAAUCUGGAGAUGAUAUUUUGCAACGUAGCAUUGAAGAAUUGGAUGAGAUUGUUGAGUAUUUGGAAAGCAAUGGAGUUAAGAGGGAUUGGAUGGGUUUUGUUAUUAGCCGAUGUCCGAAGUUGUUGUCCUAUAGCAUGGAGGAAGUGAGAACGCGUGUAGAGUUUUACUUGAACAUGGGUAUGACUGCGAAUGAUUUUGGGACAAUGGUGUUUGAUUACCCCGGCGCACUUGGCUGCUUCACUCUUGAAGAGAUGAAUCAAAAGGUUAAUUAUAUGAAAGAGUUUGGCCUCAGUACUGAAUAUGUUGGGAGAUUACUAGCAUUCAGGCCAGAAUUGAUGGGUUGUAGCAUUGAAGAAAAAUGGAAGCCUCUUGUUAAGUACUUAUACUACCUUGGAAUUUCCCGAGAUGGAAUGAGGAGAAUGCUUACCAUUAAGCCAAUGGUUUUCUGUUUUAAUUUCGAGACAACCAUCGCACCUAAGGUUCAAUUUUUGCGGGACCUAGGUGUUCGAGAUCAUGCCAUUGGUAACAUGCUUGUCAAGUUUCCUCCCUUACUAACAUACAGCCUCCACAAGAAAAUUCGGCCAGUGGUCAUAUUUUUGAUGACGAAAGCUGGAGUCACUGAGAAGGAUAUUGGAAAGGUCAUAGCUUUGGGACCAGAGCUCUUGGGUUGCAGUAUAGGAAAUAAGCUUGAGGUUAAUAUGAAAUAUUUUCUGUCACUAGGCAUACGGCAUAGACAGCUGGGUGAGAUGAUUGCUGAUUUCCCUAAACUUCUUCGAUACAAAGUAGACCUCCUCUAUCCUAAGUAUCGUUAUUUACGACGAACUAUGGUCCGUCCUUUGCAGGAUGUGAUUGAGUUUCCCAGGUUUUUUAGCUAUUCUCUAGAAGAGCGAAUAAUUCCAAGGCACAAAAUUAUGGUAGAGAAUCGGGUUAACUUUAAACUGCGCUACAUGUUGGCUUGUACUGAUGAAGAGUUCAAUGGAAGAGUUGCAGAUAAAGUUGAGAGGAGGCGAAGGUUUGAAUCUGAUCUUGUAGAUAAUGCUUUGGCUGAUUCACAAACAGCUGAAGGUUCCUUGGGGAAGGCUGCAGUCAUCAAUUGUCCAGCAAGUGAAAAUGCAGUUUUGAAUUUUCCUGUGAGUGAUUACUCAAUGGAGAGGACAGUCCAGAAGUGAGGAUUCUCCAGGGUUGUCGCUGUGAACUUGAAUGACUGAAGUUCUGCACCACUUUGACAUUUUAAAAGCCCCAGUAGCCUCAUUACUUUUUGGAUGUAAAUAUUAAUGAAUUUUCUUUUCUUUUUUUUAUUUUAAACCCAGGAACAAACGGUUGCUGUAUGUUAGCCUGAUUGUAUAUUAAAUGUAUCUAUUGACAACAUGAAGGUAAUGACAGGAGAAAUGUUACCUGCAAUACCUCGAAGCCUUGCAUGAUAUCAACUAGAGCACUAAAUUUGCCUAGCAAA